AAAAGUAAAUAGAGGGGCAUAAUUGUAAUAAAAGCGAAAGAAUGAGGCUAAAACAGUAAGGGCAUCUUGGUCUACUUAAAUACAGAGAAAACCCAAAUCGGUUUUCACUCCCCAGUCUCCGGCGAGUUCGACUCGGAAAAAUCAAACAGCCUCCCUCCGAUCAAAGAAGAAGAAGAUGGCGUCUGAGCUGACAUACCGGCGACACGAGAUGGAGCAAGCAGAAGCGGAAUCUUAUUAUCCGAAGCCGAUAAAGCCGUGGUUCGUAGCGAUUCGUCCGAUCCGUUACAUGCUCCGAGAACAGAGACUCGUCUUCGUCCUCGUCGGCAUUGCCAUGGCCACAUUAGGAUUCACAAUCUUCUCCAAACCGUCCAACCAGCCAAUUCCGUACGACGUGGAUCCGCUUCCCGGAUACGGAAUGCGAUCGUAUGAGAAGAAGGCGAGCAUCGAGUACAUGAGCCGGAUCGGAUCGGCAGGCGGCAAAAUCCCGCUAGGCCUGAAACGGAAAGUGCUAAGGGUGGUUGUGACAGGUGGAGCAGGAUUCGUCGGGUCACACCUGGUGGACCGGUUGAUGGCGAGAGGAGAUAACGUGAUCGUGGUGGACAAUUUCUUCACCGGAAGGAAAGAGAACGUGAUGCACCAUUUCAGUAACCCUAAUUUCGAAAUGAUCCGACACGAUGUAGUGGAGCCGAUCCUCCUUGAGGUUGAUCAGAUCUACCAUUUGGCAUGCCCUGCUUCUCCUGUCCACUACAAAUUCAAUCCCGUCAAGACUAUCAAGACGAAUGUGGUGGGAACAUUGAACAUGUUGGGGCUAGCGAAGAGAGUGGGAGCAAGAUUCUUGCUGACGAGUACAAGUGAGGUCUACGGAGAUCCUCUUCAACAUCCUCAGGUUGAGACUUACUGGGGCAACGUUAAUCCCAUCGGUGUUCGGAGUUGUUACGACGAAGGCAAACGUACCGCUGAGACUUUGGCCAUGGACUAUCAUAGAGGCGCUAAUGUUGAGGUUAGGAUUGCUCGGAUCUUCAAUACUUAUGGCCCAAGGAUGUGUAUCGAUGACGGUCGUGUGGUUAGCAACUUCGUUGCCCAGGCAUUAAGAAAAGAGCCUUUGACUGUUUAUGGUGAUGGUAAGCAGACAAGGAGUUUCCAGUUUGUCUCUGAUCUGGUGGAGGGUCUGAUGAGGUUGAUGGAGGGAGAACAUGUCGGUCCAUUUAACCUUGGUAACCCCGGUGAAUUCACCAUGCUCGAGCUCGCUAAGGUGGUUCAAGAGACGAUUGACCCGAACGCAAAGAUAGAGUUCAGACCAAACACAGAGGACGACCCACACAAGAGGAAACCAGACAUCACAAAGGCCAAAGAGCUUCUUGGUUGGGAACCAAAGGUGGCUCUACGCCAAGGGCUCCCACUUAUGGUCAAAGAUUUCCGUCAACGUGUCUUUGGCGACCAAAAGCAGGCAUCCUCCACCACUUCAUCAUCAACAGAGUAAUUCUAGUAGCAGGAGAGAAUCUCGUUUCUUUUCGUUUUUUCAUUUUUAAAUUUUGAUUUCGAUAUUUCUAUUCGUGUCAAUGUAGUUGGGAAUUGAACCUCACCAAUUUAAAAGCUUUAUUUUUAAUGCUA